AUUUAUAUUAUAUAUUAUUGUGGUGUAAUAUUAUAAUAUAUUAUAAAUUAUAAUCUUAUUGCUUAUUUCUAUUUUCUUAUUAUUUAAUUCCUGAUUCGUAAUCUCAUUUCACAUUUAACAAAAUCUUUCUUAUAUAGGUGUAUUGCAAUAUUUUUAUUAGGGUUUAUAAUAAUAAUAUUGCAUCUACUUACCACUGAAUAUUUUAUAUUGAAAUUGCAAUCAUAAAUAUGGCUGUAGAUAUGGACUUAAAAAAUGCAUUCAAAGAACUUCAUGAAAAACUAUUAUAUGCAUCUCAAAAAAUAAAAUUGGCUGAUUUGCAAAUUGAUACUCUUCGUCGUACAAAGCAACAUAAUAUUCUUACUAAGCAAGAACUAGAGAAAAUUCCAAAAGAUGUGAACACAUAUGAAGCUUUAGGUCGUGCAUUUGUAUUAACACCAAGAGAUGAAGUAUUUAAAAACUUAGAUAAAGUUAAUAGCGAUACAGAACAAAAAAUUACUGUCUUAGAAAACACUAAACAAUACUUGGAAGGUAAUUUGAAAGAAAGUGAGAAUAAUUUGCGUGAAAUGGUACAACGCAAAAGAGAUGUUGGCAGCGACAAAGAAAAUCAACCAGGCAGUUCUAAAGACUAAAAUCAUUUAAAUUUGGCUUUUCUUUAAAUUCUUAUUUAUUAAAUUAACUCCACGGUUGGUAUUUUUUGUUUUCUAACACUUUUAACAAUACAUUUGUUUACUUACCUAUCUGAAAAAACCAAUUUAUGAUAUUACUUAUAAAGUUAUAAAUUAUAAUAAAAUCAUUAUAACACUA